AUGGUCAAUCUGCCUCGAGUCUUGGAUCCCGCGCAUCCGUUCGCCUCCAACAGGAUCUGGACGUCCAAAUAUACCUUUCUGACGUUUCUGCCCAAGAACAUCUACGAGCAAUUCAGACGCGUGGCAAACCUCUUCUUUCUGGCCCUCGCUAUCAUCCAGUUCUUUCCUCAGUUCCAGACCAUCGACCCGGUCGUCGCCGCCCUACCCUUCAUCAUCAUCAUCACCCUCACGGCCAUGAAGGACGGCGUCGAAGACUGGAGGCGACACAUCUCGGACAACCAAAUCAACCGCCAAGAGACCCUGAUUCUGGACCACCCGUGGGUCAACACCAACGCCGUCCAUCACAAACAAAAGUGCAAAACCGACCGUCGGGUUCAUGUCGAGCCGCUCGACUCCAAGACGACCGGAUGGCGACCCGUUCUGUGGUCCGACAUCCAGGUCGGCGACAUGAUUCUGCUGCGCGACCACGAUCCGAUUCCGGCCGACCUGGUGAUCCUGUCGACUUCGGAACCGAACGGCUUGUGUUUUGUGGAGACCAAGAACCUGGACGGCGAAACCAACCUCAAGAUCAAGCAGAGUGUCGUCGAGACGUCAUCGAUGAAGACGCCUGUGGAGUGCCGGUCGGUGCGGUUUUGGCUGGAGUGCGAGAAGCCGCACACGAGCCUGUAUUCCUUCACGGGCACCAUGAACAUUCCACCCCAGCGCGCACUGGACGACUCGACCGAGCUGGAUCGCAUCGCGGUGCCCCUCACGAUCAACCAGCUGCUGUUGCGAGGCUGUGUCGUGCGCAACACCGAGUGGAUCAUUGGCGUCGUGGCCUACACCGGAGACGACACCAAGCUCCGGCUCAACUCUGGAGAGACCCCGUCCAAACGGUCGUUCAUCGACAAGCGAAUGAACGCCCAUAUCACGGUCAAUCUAGUCCUGUUGAUGUUCAUGUGCCUCUUCAUUGCGAUCAUGGAUCCGUACUGGGAGCUCUCGUUCUCCAUGACGAAUGCCCCGUUUGUUCCUCCACUAAGCAACUCUUCCCAGUCGGUGGUGUGGGAGGGCUUCGUGUCGUUCUGGCUGGCGCUUUUAGCGUUUCAAAACAUCGUUCCGGUUUCGCUCUACCUGACCCUCGAGGUCGUGAAGACCAUGCAGGCCUUUCUGAUCAACUCCGACAUUGAAAUGUACUAUGAGCCCAUCGACCAGCCCUGUUUUCCGAGAAGUUGGAAUCUUUCUGACGAUCUGGGGCAGAUCAAGUACAUCUUCAGCGACAAGACCGGCACGCUGACGCGCAACAUCAUGGAGUUUAAGCGCUGCUCGAUCAAUGGCAUCACCUACGGCGAUGGAACCGAGGAAGCAGAUCCCUUUGAUGAGAUCUGGGGCGACCUCGGAAACGGUCGCAUCUCCACGGCCCCCAAGUCUGUGCCCCCUCCCGUCAGCGACAUCCCAAGCUCUCCCAACCCAGGCAGUCCGUUUGUCGACCAGCGCUUGUCGGAACAGCUGGCUGAGCCACAGCACCCUCAACACCCACACCUGAUAAGCUUUUUCACCUCGCUGGCACUGUGCCACUCCGUCCUCGUGUCAAAGUCCAGGACAUCUGGGCAGCUGCAGUACAAGUCGUCGAGCCCCGACGAGGAGGCCCUGGUGCAGGCUGCUCGCGACAUUGGCUUUAUUUUUCUCGGCCGCGAGAACACAACCAUCAUUGUGCGCAUUCGCGGUGAGGAAAAACGAUACCAGCUGCUCCAAGUCCUUGAGUUCAACUCGACGCGCAAGCGCAUGAGUGUGAUUGUGCGCACUCCAGAGAACGAAAUCGUGCUGCAUUGCAAAGGCGCUGACUCGGUGAUAUACGAGCGGUUGGCACCGGGGCAAAUGUUCCUGAAGGAAGAGACAUCCACGCACCUGGAGUGGUUCGCGGAAGCAGGCUUGAGGACGCUCUGCAUUGGCACCUCCAAGAUCAGCGAGGACAUGUAUGAAAAGUGGAGGCAAGAGUACCACGCGGCCUCGUGCGCACUUGCCGACCGAGAUGCCAAGAUGGAGGAGGUUGCGGAUCGCAUCGAGCAGGGCUUGACGCUUCUGGGAGCGACAGCGAUUGAAGACAAGCUGCAAGACGGCGUACCCGAGUGCAUCGAGUCGCUGUCAAGAGCGGGCAUCAGGAUCUGGGUCCUGACGGGCGACAAGCUCGAGACAGCAAUCAACAUCGGAUUCUCAUGCAACCUGCUGACCCGUGAUAUGGAUCUCAUUCUCAUCCGCGGUGGAUCCGAGGGAGCUGAUUCGCCCGACACAACCGUCAGCCAGAUGAAGGAUGCCUUGGUCCGGUUCUGGGGCCAUCCAGACGACGAUUCCAAGAAACUCGCCCUCAUCAUUGAUGGCAGCGCGCUGCGGCGCGCUCUCGACGAAGCCGGUCGCUCGCUGUUCUUCCAACUCGGAACACGAUGUGCGGCUGUGAUCUGCUGCCGCGUCAGCCCGCUGCAAAAGGCCAAGGUUGUGGAACUGGUCAAGGAGUCGAGCAAAGAUGUGAUGUGCCUCGCGAUCGGAGACGGCGCCAAUGAUGUGUCCAUGAUCCAGGCGGCCCAUGUUGGAGUCGGCAUCGCCGGAGAAGAGGGGCUGCAGGCAGCUAUGGCAUCAGACUACACCAUAGGGCAGUUCAAGUUCCUGAACCGGCUACUUCUGGUGCACGGACGCUGGUCGUAUGUCAAAAUUGCGCAAAUGAUGCUGUGCUUCUUCUUCAAGAACAUCAUUCUCAGCAUGGCGCUGUUCUGGUUUCAGUUCCUCUGUGGAUAUUCCUCCGAGAUGAUUGUGGAUGUGACCUAUUUGAUUGUAUACAACCUCUGGCUCACCUCUCUGCCAGUGGUUGUGAUCGGCUCCUUCGACCAAGACACCACCGAGGUUUAUGCAUUGUUGGCACCACAGCUCUACCAAAGCGGCAUGCGCCACGAAGCAUUCACGCACUGGCGAUUCGCCAUUUAUAUGUUCGAGUCGAUCUACCAAUCGCUUGUGUGCGCAUUCAUCCCGAUUGGCGCCUACUGGGAAGGCCCGUUCGACAACACUGGUCAACUUGCUGGAUCCGGCGAGCUUGGAAUUGCGAUAGCCGUGUGCGCCAUCUUCAACGCCAACAUGUUCUGCGGGAUCAACACCAACUCGUGGACAUGGAUGUCCUUUGCGGCCAUGUACGGAUCAAACGUGGCUGUUCUGCUCUGGGGCAUGGUGAUGGCGUAUAUCCCCAGCUCCGGAAUCUACCUUGUGACGAAUCAAGUCUAUGAGACGCCGAGAUUCUGGUCGACGUUUGUUCUCGCGACGAUCGUGUGUCAUCUGCCGCGCAUCUGCGCCAUGUCACUGCACCGCCUCAUCGUUCCAAGCGAUAUUGAGGUGGUGCAGGAGAUGCAGAGCCGCGGGUGGACGCAACAGCUACUCCCGCUUCUGGAGCGACGAAAGUCAGUGAUGAUUGUGCCCUCUCGGAUCUCAAGUGGCCGUCCCAGCACAAUCUCGCCGGCAAGCGGCAGCGGAGGCGUCGUAACCUUUGGAGGCGUGAACGCCAUCGGAGGCGACGAAACCGGAUAUGACGACGACGAGGAGGAAGUAGAGCCCAUGGGCCUCCAUGGCCCGUAUCACCCGGCCAGUGCCGACGAUGCUCUGGUGGAGACAUCCUCGACCGAUUCGUUCUCAAGGGGCUCGCCGGCUGGCCCAGGACGGAGCGGACGCUCAGCGCCGCCACGGCUGCAACGCAAGGACAGCGACGCCGACGCCGAUGCCGAUACCGAUGCCAAUGGAAGAGCAGUGGCCGAAGCGCUAUCCAAGCCGGAAACGGAGCAUGUCCCUCGCUCAGACUCUGGCAAGCCCGGAGUCUCGUUCAACAUCGGGCCCCGCAUUCGUCCCCAGAGCGGACCGACAGAAGAGAGCGACCGACUCAAGAUUACGUUCCAGCGGCCAUCAAGCGCCGGCAGCGUGCUGGCCGAGGUGGGCAGUCACCUGACGGUCAUGAAAACCGGCGAGAUCCUGAGGAAUCGGGGGUUCUCAUUCUCCCAGUCCCCUGGUGCUCGAAACGUGGUGAUGCCGAGCGAGCAGCGACAGCCACGACGCAAGACGGUAGGGACGACAGAGAAGCCUGUAAUCGAUAUCCAGAAGGAUGUGAUUGGACCCAAGCCGCGGACAACACGGGGGUCGCUGCAGACGGGAGGAACGGGUUUGCCGAUACCACGACCGACGGUCCGCAAGAUCGACAAGAAGGGAGGCGAAGGCAGCGAAAAGAAGGCUGCGGAGGGAGAGCGCAGGGCGGCUGCUGCUGACGGCGACCGGAAGGUCGGAGAGCCAGGCGGCGUCGGAACAGGUUCCGGGACUGGUGCUGGUGGAGGGAGCUAGACUGCCCGGAAAGGCGAGUGAGCGGCUGUUGCCAUGCAAUGUACAUAGAAUACAUCGGGU